AUGACAAGAGUGCUGGCAGGACCUUACUGCACCCAAAUCCUUGGAGACCUCGGUGCCGAGAUUAUCAAGAUUGAGCAUCCGACUCGAGGAGACGACACCAGGGCGUGGGGCCCGCCUUAUGCUUCGUAUACCGCAAGUAGCGGGAAGAAAGGUGCCGGCGAAAGCGCGUACUUCUUGGCUGUGAAUCGGAACAAAAAGUCCAUCGGCCUCAACUUCCAGAGUCCAUCGGGAAAGGAAAUUCUGCAUGGCCUGGCGAAGGACUGCGACGUUCUCGUGGAGAAUUACCUCCCCGGCGCUUUGAAGAAGUAUGGCAUGGAUUACGAUACUCUGGCAAAAGUUAAUCCAAAGUUGAUCUAUGCGAGUAUCACCGGGUACGGGCAGGAUGGGCCGAAUAGCAACCGCGCCGGCUACGAUGUCAUGGUCGAAGCUGAAAUGGGAUUGAUGCACAUCACCGGCCAUCGCGACGGCCCUCCGGCAAAGGUGGGUGUAGCUAUUACCGACUUGACUACAGGCCUAUAUACCAGCAACUCCGUCAUGGCCGCUCUGCUCCACCGGGGGAAGACCGGGCGUGGUCAGCACAUAGACGUCGCCCUCUCCGACUGCCAGGUGGCCAGUCUAGCCAACAUCGCCAGCUCCUCCCUCAUCAGCGGCAAGCCAGACACAGGGCGAUGGGGCACUGCGCAUCCCUCCAUCGUUCCGUACAAGGGAUUCAAAACCAAGGAUGGAGACAUCAUGCUCGGCGGAGGCAACGACAGACUAUUCGGUGUCAUCUGUGACAAACUUGGGAAGCCGGAGUGGAAGAAUGAUGCCAAGUUCAAGACGAAUGCGGAUCGCGUCCAGCAUCGGGAGGAGCUCGAACAGCUGAUUGAGGUGGAGACGAAACAAAAGUCUACGGCUGAGUGGCUGCAACUAUUAGAGGGCAGCGGCAUGCCAUACUCGGCCAUUAACGAUGUCAAGGCUACACUGGAGCACGAACACGCAGUUCUUGCGCGGAAGAUGGUAACAGAGGUCGAGCACCCCUCUUGCGGGCCGAUGAAACUCGUCAGUCCGCCGGUAAAGUUCUCCGAAGCAAAGCCCAGCAUACGCAGCCCGCCUCCCACUCUCGGCCAGCACACGCAGGAAAUCCUGUCGGGUCUACUGGGCAUGAAGGGCGACGAGAUCGAAAAGCUAAAGGCCGAAGGCGUCGUAGCUUGA